AUGUCAACCAUCGGUCGACUUCAAAAACUGCUUAAAUCAGAGGAAUAUUCCGAAUUUAAUGAUGAAAAUAUCAUUUUAGAAUCGCAAUUUAUAGAGAUGACACACAAGGGAGAACCUAUCAAAACCGUUAUUGCUGGGAUCACUGAAAAGUUCUUUAUUGUGGCAAAUGACGUCAUCAGCGAUCUCCGGAAAUCGCGUGCAAGUGUCCUCGUUGCUGACGUUGAUACUGACACCGUGGACCUGGAGCUUGAGUGGGUGGUCCCCAUUGUUCACGUUAUUCCCGAACCCGUACCAAACGAGCACGUUCUAGACGUACGUGGGCACAAUGAACAUCAUCGAUACUACAUGGUCUCCAUCACCCGUAGCAACGGCAGCGAAAGCAAAAUUUGGACAAAGUGGAUGAAGCAUUUGGCUAAAAGUAGCCCAACACCUGAUCAGUUUUUAGGCGAAAUACCCAAAUUUAAACUGAAGAAUAUAUUCCAUAAAGACAAAGCAUCCAGUGGAGAGGUUGUUGUCAAAACGUCAGUGAUCGACAACAUAAAAUCAAAAACGUCUUCGAUAAUAAAAUCGCCAAGGAAGCAGAAAAAGAACAAAAGCUCCUCUGUCAUCCGUCCAAUAGAUAACAAACUGCCCAGAAUCAUGACAGAUUUGUAUGAUACGACUGGGAUUAUAAAGGAGAAAAACAGCCUUCUCUGCUGCUGUCCAAGGAAAAAGAAAAGAGUAAAAGACUAACUUUAAAACCAUAACAUAUAAACAGGGCAAACGAAUUCAAGAACUGGAAAUACACAAUGAUCCAUCUGAUCAUGCUGAAAUAACACUCAUAGCUGAGGUUUUAUGUGUAGGUACACUACUGAAACAUUUAAUAUGUGCAAUAUUUCAAAGAAAGAUUUAUAUUUUGAACUGUAUUAAUGCUUUGAAAUAUGAAUACAUUACCAAAUUUACUGAAUCCUUAGAGAUCUCGUAUAUUUUUCUUGCUGUUAAUUCUUUAUUCCAUAAAUACAACAAUAAUUGUUACAUCACUAUGUCACAUAAACAAAAAUAUUCAGAGGAAAAUAUAUAUAUUUACAGAUAUUACACAGGUGCUAACUUUUUUUUCUCACAAACUUAUAAAUGUGGAUGUCUUCACUUCUAAAAAGACUGUCAUGGCGUUCCAAAGGAAUUUCUUCCGUGUCAAAAUUUUCACAAAUGAGCUG